AUGGCAAACUUUACUUUGUCUUUAGAAAAUGAUGAUUUGCAUUUAAAUUCUGAUAUUAAUACGAAUGAGGUUGACUUUUUUAACUGUGAAAUAUAUGAUAAAGAAAUGAUAAACUUUACUUCGUUUUUAGAAAAUGAUGAAUUGCAUUUUAAUUCUGAUAUUAAUAUAAAUGAGGUUGACUUUUUUAACCAUGAAAUAUAUAAUAAAGAAAUAACAAACUUUACAUCGGUUUUAGAAAAUAAUAAUUUGCAUUUUAAUCCUGAUAUUAAUAUGAAUAAGAAUCUUCACUUAUGGGAAAAAUAG